AUGAAGCUAUCUACCAUCCUGAUCCCAACCAUCUUUGCGUGCGGCACCCUUGCCGAAGAUUUCUUCAGAUUCGCCCAGGGCGGCAUGUUCGACAAGAGAGUAUCGUGUGGCCGAGGCGCUACGUGCCGGGAGGCCUGUGGUGGAGGAGCGACUGAGUGUGGCUCGAGUGGAAACUACUGCUAUGACCCCACACUUGGAGAGACUUGCUGCGGAGACUCUGGAUACUACUGUGCUGCCGGAAAGUACUGUGCGCCGAUCGAUGGAUACUGCUGCUUCGACGGAGAGACGCCCGAGCAAUGUGCCGUCCGACAGACCCUGACCUUCCCUGCUGUCUCCGUAACAGUCUUCUCCUCCGUCGAAGCUCCAAGCGCCGUCUCGACCUCAGUCCCUGUGGCCGAGUCCUCUUCGAUCGAGUCCUCUUCGAUCGAGUCCUCUUCUGUCUUUGUGCCUUUGACCUCUGCGCCUAGCUUGGCACCAACCACAUUCACCGGCAACGCAUCGUUCUCCACUGCUACAUUGGCUACCACUAGCCCUGCUCAGUUCACUGGUGCCGCGGUCAAGAAGGACAGUGCCAUUGGAGCCUUCAUCAUGGGCGCUCUGGGGCUGUUGGCUGCUGCGGUUUGA